UUUGUAAACUCCGAGUGUAUAAGUGCAGACUGUAGCUUAAACGAAGUCUAAAGCUCGUCGUGAGUUGACGUUUGUUCCUCGGAAAGUUAAAGGGAAAGAAUGUCUGGAGGGCUUUUAGUGACGCUGCCUCUGCAGCUGGCCUGCCAACUUAUCGGAGGAGGGAAUUCAACCUUAGACAGCAUUUCCGUCGUACUGAACGAGACAACCACGUUGCCGGAGGGUUACACAGCUUUCGAAGACGUCGGAGUUGCCUACAAAUACUACGCCAAUAAAAUGACCUGGAACGCAGCCCGGAAACAGUGCAUCGCGGUGGGUGGUGAUCUGGCUGUGAUCGACUCCUUCGACAAGGUCGGAUACGCCGCAAGCCUGAAGGAGAAGAGCAUAAACGCCCACGUGGGCCUUCACAGAUUGUUCAACAACAUAGAAUGGAUGAGCGUGAAAAGCGGUGAGCCCGUCGCUUUCGUACCCUGGAAACCAGAGGCAAACAUGAAUUCAGGAGCCGGAGGAUGCACGGUUUUGUGGUUCGACGGAAGCGGAUUGAGUCCAUCGAACUGCAGUCAGGAGUUGCCCUCAAUUUGCGAGAUUUCCUUGUUCAAAGGACACAAGCGCAAGCUGGAGGUUCUCCGGAGAGAAGAGAACGUCGAAUCGUUGCGACAGACCGAAAUAACGGUGAACACGAAGCGCGUGACAAGCUUAGGGUGAACCACUAUCGAUCAUACUGUGGCACAUAUUCCAAUAAAUAACUGUUCCAGCUAAUCGUUCAGUUUAUUUAUUCCCCCUCCCAUUUCGUUCGUCGUUUCUUUAUCAAUUAGGUACGUCAAACUCGGCACAGCUUCGGCCGGGUCAGGUCAUCGCAGAAGUUAUGGCUUCCGAUAAAGUCCAGACACAGCUGAAGUAGCUGUCGCCAGUACUCAAGUUAAACAGAGCCAAGACGUCUUUCAGACUUUAAACAGUGCCGGAGACUCGAUUGGUUGGUUUACUUCAAGUGACGAACAAACUCUCAGCAUGUACAGUCCGCUGGCCGUGCUGCCCUUGCAUCUCGCUUGUCAGCUGAUAGAUGCCGACAACUUCACCGCAACCAAUGUCAGCUUGGUCACGUUGAUUGAUCAGUCUUAGAUCGGUCGUUGGUACCGAAGGUCGCCACUGAGCUGCCUGAUGGCUACGCGGUCUUCCCGGAUAUCGGAGUUGCCUACAAAGUCUACAAGAAUAAGCUCCUCUGGGAUAAGGCCCAAAAAAUUUGCAUCGCUGACGGAGGAUACUUGGCUGUAUUGGAUUCGUUCCGGAAAGUGG